AGCCUCAACUAGCUAUCCACAUCUGAUAGGCGCCCAAUACAGCCAAUUUCUCGCCUCUUCCAAGUUCCAACCUUCCAGCGAAACUAUGAACUCCUCCGCCGCUUCCUUUGACUCCGACGACGUGGUGUUUCAAUUGCCCGGAUCCAUCCGCCUUUACCGCAGUGGCCGCGUGGAGCGCAUUUACCGCGACGAGCUCGUCCCUCCGUCCCUCGACCCAACUACCGGCGUCCAAUCCAAAGACGUCACCAUCAACCCCACCACCAACCUCUCCGCUCGCCUCUACCUCCCGCCCUCGGCUACCUCCAUCCCAAAAAAGCUCCCUGUUUUCCUCACCAUCCACGGUGGCGGCUUCUGCCUCUUCCGUUCCUCCUCCUCCAUCUACCACAGCUACGUCAAUUCCCUCACCGCUAAAGCUGGCAUCCUCUCCGUUUCAGUAGACUACCGCCUCGCGCCUGAGAACCCUCUCCCCGCCGCCUACGACGACUGUUGGGAAGCGCUGGAGUGGGUUUUCGCCGCCGAAGACCCUUGGCUGUCAAAUUUUGGCGAUUUAGAAAGGGUUUUCAUAGGCGGAGAAAGCGCCGGCGGGAACAUAGUGCACAACCUGGGAAUAAGGCUUGGUGGAGAGGGGAAGAAGGUGGAAGGACUGGUGAUGAUUCAUUCUUUCUUUUGGGGGAAGGAUAGGAUUGGAAAUGAGGGGGUAGAAAGCGGGAAGAAGGAAAGCCUCAAGGCGGAGGAUAUCGAUGCGCUGUGGCUUACUGUGUGUCCGGAGACGACGGGGCUUGACGACCCGCGGAUCAAUCCGGUGGUGGAGGGUGCGCCGAGCCUGGCGACGUUGGGUUGCCGGAGAGUGCUGGUGUGCGUUGCGGAGCUGGAUAUCUUGAGGGAGAGGGGGAGGGUUUACUUCGAGAAGUUGAAGGAGAGCGGGUGGGAAGGGGAGGCGGAGUUUCUGGAGUCGGAAGGGGAGGAUCAUUGCUUCUUCUUUAUGAAGCCUGGGAGCUUGAAGGCGGAGGAGUUCAUGGAGCGGAUGGUCAGCUUCUUCAACAAAUCUUGAUUCUGCUAUCUUUUCACCCAUAUAAUAAAAUAUAAGCGUCUCAGCUGUUUGUGUUGGCUCGUGCUGAGUUGAAGUAGAUGCUUCGAUCUCUAUGUUUCACAAUGUUAUCUUGGAAUCUUUCAGAUUAUAUGAAUGCAAUUGCGAGUUAUAAUGUUUUAAUGGCGUCAGAUUUUAUGAAUGAAAUACAUAAUUUUGAUUUUCGCUGUGUA